AUGGAUAGAAGAGAACAAAUUGAGAACUGGUUGGUUGAGGCUUCUGAUGAAGAACAAGUUGGAGGGUCAACUUCUGAGUCGGAGUUAGACGAGAUAACACAAAGCGAUAUAAUAGUGCUAGUGAAAUCGACGAAUUGUCCGCACACUCCAGUGAGUCUUCAGACAACGAGGACGACGGCUGUGCAGGGCAGUAUGAUAAAUUCUAUUUUACCAGACAUAAUGGCAGAAACGGUCCUAAACAAAAAUGGUCAAAGUCUCCACCAACAAGCUCCGCAAGAACACGAAGACAUAAUAUAA